CUUUUAAGUUGGCUUUGUGGAAAGUUUAGUGGCUUUAAGUUUGAAAAUUUCCAUAGCAAACACAGUCCGAAAUCCGGUUAAAAGUUAAGUUCGAAUAUCGUGUCCAAAUUGCAAUACAUUCCGCUGAGUGCUCUCCCAGGCGAUCCGAAGAUGUCCGACCAGUUCAAGUUCAACGACGCCUUCAACAGCCAAACCAUGCGCGGUCGCGCCAAUGUAGCCAAGGCCACCUGGGCUUCCGUGGGCCUGGUCUACGUCCUGGUCAAGAUGCAGCGGCGCAGCUCCAAGCGCCGCGAGGCCAAGCUCUACUGCAAGGGCUGCCAGCAGGCCCUGCUGCACGGCUAGGGACGAUGCUACCGACUAACUGCUACCCCCUAAUCCAGCCCCAGGCCAUACCCAGUGAUCCGGUCCAGUUCCCAGUCCUCUAGUUGAAGUUCCUGCCCAUCCCGCCUCCUCGUGUACCCUGCUCAGCCUAAUAAAUUUCAAAUCUUGACAUCGA